UCUCAUGCAGUAGCCUCAUGUGAGUUUGGCAGAUUGGCAGUUGCCACUCAUACUUCAUAUGCUGAUGUCUCAUCAUCUCUCAUCUCUUAACUCUAUUUUUCUCCAACAAAUACACACAUUGAGAGAGAGAGAGAGAGAGAGAGAGAGAGAGAGGCUGAGGCAUUGUUCUUCUUCUUCUUCUUUCUUCUUGCAAUCUGGUGUUUUAGUGAAGAGUUGGAAAAUGGAGAAAACUCUGACAAGAGUUGGGAGCUUUUGGGUUUCCAAGAAAGCUAAGGAAGAGAUCUCCAACAUCACUCAAGAUCUCUCUUCAUUAUCAAACACUGUUGAGGAGAAAGCAAAACGGAUAUUCAACAAGCUCAAAGGUAAGCAACAAAAACCGUUGCCUGAUCUUCUCCGAGAGUACUACCUUCCACCGGGCCUGUUUCCCCGGAACAUAACAUGUUACGAAUUUGACGAAUCAAAGGGCAAGCUCAUUGUUUACUUGCCUUCUCCCUGUGAGGUGAGCUUCAAGGACUCAUCUGUUGUACGAUACAGCAUUCGCAUCAAAGGAACAUUGUCGAGGGGAAAGCUUAGUGGAAUCGAAGGAAUGAAGACAAGGGUUCUGGUGUGGGUGAAAGUCACUAGCGUUUCUGUCGAGGGCUAUAAGUCUGAAAAAGUAUGGUUCACCGCUGGUAUGAAGAAAUCACGACCCAAAGAUGCUUAUGAAAUGCCUCGCGAUGCCAUUAUAGUCGAAGAAUUCUAAGGAUGUGAGGUUUUUCGUUUUUACACUCGUUAUAUUUUCGGAAUAUGAAAAUCUUAAGCAAAUAAUUGUGCACGCAAUUGUUUUCUUUUAUUCAAUAUGCAGAAAUUGUCACGCGACUUGAUCAUCUUCCCAAUAUAAUAUAUUUCUGAAAGAUGUAAAGAAAAAAAAUGAUCAUUCACAACAAACAACUGUAAACCAAAAUCUAGCUGCAAGAUUCAGUUACUUAAACUACAACCAAGUAGACACAAAACAUCAAUCCAAAUAAAACCUAAUUAUACUAA